AUGGGAGAAACUGGAGGUAACCAAACCCAGAUCGCAAAAGACAGACUACAAAACACACACAUUGCAUUUUCCUCGAGCACUCGAACACUCAAUUACCUCCCUCUCUUCGCUGACUCCGUCUCCCCACCACCCCACCACCGCCUCCACGGACCACGGCCGCCGCAGAGCCUCUCCACAGCCCAGUCAAACCCAAUGCCCUCCCAGAAUCGCCCGCUGGAAACCGCCACUCCGCCUCCUUCUCUUCCGCCACCGCCGGAGGAAGAAAAACCCAAUGAUUCGCUCCAAGGCAGCGAGAAUCACAACCAGAAGCUGAGCGACAACGAGAAAGAUUCCGAGGACAGCUCUGACUCCAGCGAUGAGGAAAUAGACGAGUACUAUUUUCUUCAUUUAUCUCUUUCUGUUUUUGUACUUUCUGCAUAUACGCAUACUCACGUACGGGCGAUCAGGCACGCGUAUUAAUGAACGAACAUAUGUGUUUAUAAUUCACUGGCGGUAAGCUAGUGCUGCGUGUUUAAGUCCGCUGCUUGAUAGGUGGAUGGGCCUGUAUAGCUCGAGAUUUGCAUGCUUUGUUUUGCUGUUCGAUUUGUUUAGUUGAGGUUCAGUUGGGAGGAUUUCUGGCUAAUAUCCUGAGUACAUAAAAUAAUUUUAGAUCUGGUGAUGGAAUUUUGUGUAUAUCCUUUUGGUGGCCUGGUUAAAAGCUGGUGAAUUUUAAUUGUGGAAAUUUCAUAUGGCUUUGAUUUAUUCUGUUUAGUCCGGGCAUUGUAUUUUGAAUGAUUCAUGAUGUACUUGGAGGUGAUCUGGAAUUUUCGUAUCUUUUUCUGGGUUAAGGUUUUCAGGAAUGGUUAUACAUGUCAUGAGUUCUCUGCUCUUUAUACUAUUGGUCUGCUGUCAUUAUAAUGAAUCUGGAACCCUAGUAGAUAACUCCUUUGCAUGUAACUAUGGCACUUUUGCAUUCUACAUGCAGUAGCUUUGAUAGCUAUGACAUGGCUUAUCUUUUGUGACUAUUUUGGAAAACCCUGUAUGGUAAUUGAGCAUAUUAAAAUAUAGCUACAUAUUUUGGCUCUUUGCUGGCUGUUGGAGAAGGAUCUUCACCGGACGAUACACUUGUGCGGAACUUUUUGGAAUGGAAAAAAAUCUAAGGUUUCUUAUAAGGAAAAAGAAGUUGAUGUUUGUUUGUUUGAUGAGCAAUCUGAAGUCCUUCAUGGCUUCUAUUUUCAAAGGGUUAGAAAAGCAUAAAUUGCUGUGCAUCCAUCUUCUUCUUGAAUGGCACUCUGUAGUUUCCAUAGACGUAGUUGAGUGGUAUAGUCAGCAUGGUGUAGCAGGUCCUCCUGGCUGCAUAUUAUUUGAUAAUGAACAUAUUAUAAUCUUAGUACAUGUUGAAUUUAUUAUGAGGGUUAUGAGCAUAAUUAGAUAUUGGGCUGAGGAAAAUUGUAGGACUAUGUGGAUGAUGGCUAGUGGUUACCAAAUUGUGCAGACAUCCGCUUUGUAGCCUUUGAUAUGAUAUUUUCUUUUAAGAUUAAACAUGUGCCAAAUCCAUAUUUAUUAAGAUCGUAAAUUAGCAUUACAAUUUAGAAAAGCAUCUAACUUUAGGAGAUACAUUAUCAUCUUCAACCAAAACCUACGAGUCAAUGCCCUAGAUUUUUGUUAUUUUCUAAAUAUCCUACUAACUAAUAUGCUUCCAUUGAAUGAGCUACCUUAUUUCCUUUUCUGGUUAAAAUGAUCUUGUUUUCACAAUUAUCAGCUUUUAAUUCUUUUAGGUUUCUCUUUUCCUUUUUUCUUGUACACAUUGAUAGCUAAGUAUCAGAAGUAUACAUGAAACAAGUAAUUUCUUCUCGAUUCCACAUGUUGGCCUUGUUUGUACCUGACAUUUGAUAUGAAUUACUCUGAAGAGAUGAUGCUGUUGACUUUCAGAUUUAUUGUUGUGAAUUUGGGAGAAAUACGGAAGGAAGUUCAGUGCCCAAUAUGUUUAGGUAUAAUUAGAAAGACAAGGACUGUCAUGGAAUGCUUACACCGAUUCUGCCGAGAGUGCAUUGACAAAUCCAUGCGCCUAGGGAACAAUGAAUGUCCAGCAUGCCGCACACAUUGUGCUAGCCGCCGUUCUUUAAGGGAUGAUCCAAAUUAUGAUGCCCUCAUUGCUGCUUUGUAUCCUGAUAUUGAUAAAUACGAGGAAGAGGAAUUGGCUUUCCAUGAAGAGGAGAAGGCUCGCAAUAAGCAGGUAGAUAAUUUUGGUCGAAACUCUGCUGCAUAUGAGUCAGGCAUCCAUCUUUGUGCCUGAAGUAUCUAUGGCCGCAAACAGCAGAACCGUGUUUCUGAUUUUUUCCAAGUUAUCACAAUAGGCUUGUCUUUACUUUUUCAGCAGUUCCAGGACAUACUAUGCAUCUACUCAUGAAAGGCCAUUUCUAUGCGAAACAAAAAUGUCAUAAGCUUAGUUGAACUUAACUUUUCUGUUCGAAGCACCCAGAUCUUGACCCCAUAAUCCGGUCCCCUAAAACUAAAUCAUAAAAUAAAAAACAUUAAAGUAAACUGAACUAACCAAAUCCCUCCAAGAAGUAGUUUAAUAAACUAAGAAAGUAUACCCCCAAAAAAAAAUCAAAUAACCUGAAAGAAAAAGCCUCAAACUGAGAUCUUAAAAAUUAUAAAACCCAACACCUUCUUGACGCAAGCUUCUGUUGUACCAGAUUCAAGAUUCAAUUUCGCAGACAUUUCGUCGGCAAGCAGAAGCACUGGGAAAGAAACGAACAGGUAGUAGAGUGACAGCAUCUGCGUUUUCUAGACGACAGAGCACUUACCGGAACUCGAGAGGAAGGCGAACUCAUCGGGCUUCUGAAUACCCCGACUCUGAUGAAGACGAAGGAACUAAUGGCAGCAAAGACUCUUCUUCUGCCGAGGAGCGCUCACCUGAAGUAAAAUCAAAGAGGCACAAAAGAUGGGGAGGAAGUCGGUCUUCAGAGCAGUGGUCAGGAGCCAAUGCAGAUGAAGAUAAUGACCCGGAAGCCAGCAGAGAACUGCAAGGUGCCUCUGUCGGGCUUAUAGGGGGCACUGAGAUUCUUGCCUGGGGAAGAGGCCGUUUGCGGAGUAACACAAGGCAUGGUGGGAAUGGUUGGGUCAAUGGCAAACUGUCGAGGAAUAGCAGGCUCACGAAGCUGAUAGAGCAUCUCAAAAGUGCGACUGAUAAUGAUGAGUUGAAAAUUAAUCUCCAGCUUGUUUCGCUGAGUGAUGGGAAUAUACCCUGCCUGAAACGGCCUUAUCUCUGCUGCAGCCAGAAGUCAUCAGUUAGACACUUAAGCCAGUAUGUUGCUAUGCAGACAUCGACCGAAGCUGAUCAAAUCGAGAUUUUGAUUGUAAAAGAUUUUCCUCCUGUGAAGAUCUCUUCUAGUUUCAAAGGUGAACUUGGCAUUGUGGACCCUUGUCUCAGUGAGAUGCAGCUGUUGAACGAAGACCAGACGUUGGGGGAAAUUCAUGCCAAUUUUACUCAGCAAAACUUGGUUUUGGCUUACCGAGAAAAGGCACAAGGCUAAGGAAAUUCGAUGAGGAUGAAGCAGGCGUCUUUUGUGGAAUGAAGUUUGUUCAAAUUCGAGACGAGAGUAAUGUUUACUUUGUUAUAUUGAAAAAUAUAUAUAUUAUUGUAUAUGUUUUUGUUUUUAAGUUAAUGGCUAUACAAGUUAAACUCUUCUAGUGGCAACCUGAUGCUUUCGGAGCUGGUCAGCUCUUCAUUUUUCCCAGCUUCAGUUACAGUGGUUUUGUUAUAAACUUAUAUAUUCAUAUACUUCAAUUGUUCGUACAUCCCUACAUAGAAUAGAUGAGUGACCAAUGAUAGUUUUUGGCCUGCGAAAAAAAACGUGCAUGACAAGUUUGUUUGGAUUUGCAUUGUGUCAUGGACUUCAUGGUGAAGUUAAACCUGAGUUAUUCCAACUUUCACCCUCGAUCACUUCUUUUCUUCUUUGUCUUUUCUCUUUCCUAUUUUUGUUUUAAUUUUGACUUAAUAAUUCAUGGCCAAUUUCGGUGAAUUUCACCCUAGUGCCAUCUUCGAGCCUGAGUCGUUAGAUCAAACGCGUUCAGACCUGGCAGUGUACACACCAUGUAGAGCCGGAAUCUUUUAUCAAAUUCUAAUCCUGAAUUUCUCAAGAUUCCUUGUUAGUGGUUGUCAGUUAUUGGUUCCUUCAAAUUGUGAUAAAUGUUGCUUUUAGUUUUUCUGUUAGAACAGAGCUGUAUGUUAAUUGUUAGGGAUUGUUAUACUGUUUGAUGUUUGGUACUGCAAUCAGUUGUUAUUUGCUGCUGGAG